UCAGAAGGCUACACGGAGCUCAGCAGAAGACAUCUCUGGAGCUGUGUGUCACAAUGUCAAGUUACUGCAGGGAUGGUUUGCUAAACUAAAAGACAUUAUGUCCUUUGACCUGUUGAUGUCUUUCUGUCAGAUUUAUCAUACAUAUGUGCCAUAUGCUACUGCUGUCUAUUGUUUUUGUUUUGGUCAAUGCAAAGUUUACCAGUUGCAGCUGUGAGGUCCUUCAUAUUGAACUUAUUUGAGCUAAUCACCACAGAAAAGCAGAAUUUAAAACCUUUAAAACAGAGAAAAAUAUGGCUAACAACAACUCACUGGUUGGUGGUAAAUCUUUAAUGCAACGCGUUAAUUACCAGGUCAUUUUAGUUCAGGUUUUUGUAGCACUUUUCCUUUGCAUCAACUUUUUGCUAAUCACAACCUUUUUUAUGAAGGAUUUCUUCUAUACAGCCAUGCGCUACAUCUUAUUUGCAAAUACAUUACUGUCUGAUUGUCUGAUCUUGAUCAUAACAAAUAUCUUGCUCAUUUUUAGCUAUUUUCGUGUGAACAUGCAAAUGUGGUUGUGUCUCAUUCUAUACAUUUUGUCAUUUCUAUACACUUUAGUCACACCAUUUACUCUGAUGGCAAUGACACUGGAACGCUAUGUAGCCAUUUGCAUGCCCCUACGCCAUGGAGAGCUGUGCUCCACACGCAGCUCUCUGCACUGCAUCCUCAUUAUUCACGGCCUCAGCUCUGUACCCUGCAUUAUUGUUCUCUCCACCUUCUUUGCAUCAGCCUCCCUUAGCUUUUACAAACAAUACAGGGUCUGCGCUGUAGAGUUGUUCAUCUUUCACAGCUGGCAGAGUCAUUUGAAGUCAGCUAUAAAUCAGUUAUAUUUCUUGAUCAUGUUUAUUACUAUUGUAUUCUCCUAUGUUAAAAUAAUGACAGUGGCCAAAGCUGCAUCAGGAGAGAAUAAAAAGUCAACAUGGAAAGGGCUCAGAACAAUAAUUCUUCAUGCUUUCCAGCUGCUGCUCUGUCUCAUCCAGCUGUGGUGCCCAUUCAUAGAAAAUGCUGUCCUUCAAAUUGAUUUCAUGUUAUACAAUAAUGUCAGGUACUUUAAUUACAUUACUUUUUAUCUUGCUCCAAGAUGUCUGAGUCCUCUCAUUUAUGGCCUCAGGGAUGAAAAGUUUUUUCUUGCACUGAAAUACUAUGCUCUCUGUGGGUUGUACAGAAAAUUUUUUUGACAAUUUGACAAAUUUGAGCCCUAAUCUUGCUACAGACUGUUCAACUAUUAACCCCAAGGUCAUACUGAAUCCAUAUAAUUACAGCUUUUGGGCAAACUGAAUGAUCCAUCAUGCAACUUAUGUCCUAUGAAGGUGCCUUCAUCUACAUGGUAUGGAAACACCCUCUUAAAGUCUUUGUGUACAGCUGUUGAUACAUUGCUAAUCCUUUUUGCUUUUUAAUGCCCCUUUAUCUUUUUAUUUGUUAAUCAGAAAUUCUAAUAGCCUUUUGCCCCUUUUUAAAAUUGUAAUGUUUGUUAUAUCUGAAUUUACUUGUAUGGUUUGCUUGUUGUAUAUGGUUCAAUUAAGUAUGAUUGUGUUUACAAUAAAAGCCCCAGUUGAGACUGGAUGCUUUCUUUUUCUUA